AGCAGUGUGUGUCCAUUCUGCCUGUCCCUUUGCAAACAGGAGGGGAUCAAACAGCUUCUCAAUUGUGGAAAUACCUGACAAAACCCAAUCUCUUUUGCCUUUUGGAUCUUCAUACCUGGUCGUUUUCUUACAGCCUUUGACCCUAUCAUGGCCUCUAAUCUAAAAGUCAUCUUCCUGUUUCUUUGGUCGCUUCAGUAUGGAGGGGGACAAGUCAACGUACAGCAGAGACCUCCAAUCCGGGUUGCAUUGCUCAAGGAAGAAGUAUCCAUCCCCUGCAAGGUCACCUUCCCUUACAUAAUGAAAUACACCAAAUUUUCAGUCUUCUAUUACUGGAUUAACUUAGUGGGCAAGAAAACAUUCAUCUAUAGUAAAUCAGUAAAGAUACAGAUCCCUCCCGGAGAGGAGAAUCGGACCACUACCCAAUCCUAUGAUCACAAAACCACACCACUUGAAAGCACCUCUUUUACUGGCACGUAUUACUGUGAGGUCAAAUGGGAUCACAUCGUGAAAGUGGGAAGUGGAGUAUUUGUCCUUGCUAGAGAUACAGGUUACAUACAGACCUCUUACAGGUGGGAAAUCCUCAUUACUCUUACCACUCUCCUUGCUGCACUGAGCAUUACUGGAACAGCUCUGCUACUGUGGAAAAGAAAGGUGGUGUGUCCUGGAAGGAACCAGCUCCAAAAUAUCCUGAGACACGAGGUGGAAACUCAGCCUCCUCCAGCUAACCCAGCACCAGCUACUCCCAUCUAUGACUGCCUGGAUUCGGAGCAAGUUGAUGUCUAUUCUGUCCUUGGGAGCAACACAGACAAGCCACCAUGCAGAAGGAGUCCUCCAGGAAAGACACCUAAGAAGCAAGAAACUCUAGAAGAAUCCUUUGAUACGUUGUAUGAGAAUAUCUAAGAGGGAAAAAAUGACCCUGUGUGGACCAGACAUCUAUCUGUAAGACGGAACUACUCUCUUACAUCCUCAGUUCUCUGCAAAGACCCACAGCAACUUCAGGGCACAGCCCCAGGGGACUUCUGAAUCCCUGGCUCCCUCUAAACUGCCCUUCAUUAACAACAGAAUACAGCUGUUCAGAUCCCACUGGGGCUCAGUCUGCGUUGACGCAGCACAGCUAUUUUGCAGCAAAACCAUUUGAUGCAAAAGAAAAGCUAUUUUUGUCAAGCAUUCACACACUGUGUCUUAAACAUGGUGCAGAUGGGAUCUGUGUAGGUUUCUCUCACCUGACCUGGUUGAAAUACUUGAAACUUGAUCAUCUGUAAGUGAUAGCACAGUCCAGAGACCUCCCUGCUUCCUGGCCUGAUCUUCCAAUCCCGACCUGCAGCAGUCCAUCUGAUCCUGUGCCUGACGGCUUUUCCUGACAUGGCCAUCAGGCCUUCACGCAUAAUUUAACCGAGAUCCAAGUGUCCACCUGCCUAUUUUUCCUUUUCUGGAAACCCCACGGUGAAACAUGCUUUCUCAUAAUCUGCUAAUCCCAUCAAGCAGUCACAGAUGCCUGCUGUGACCAUACCAGCCAACUCAAAUCAGUGCCUCCAAGUAAAUGCUUUCCCUUCAGCGGUAUCAGCAGUAUACGGUGAGGAAUGGAUGUAUGAACAGAGAUAAAGAUGGAGAAAAAGAAAGCAGAGGAAAUAUCCCUGCCCAGGGACAUGUCUUAGUCGCAGUGCCCUUUCCAGAACAAAGUCCUUGGAGGCAGGAGCCCAAGGAAACUCCCUUGCUGGGGUUGCGUAAACCAAGCGGCUCCGGGGCCAAGUUCCAGCCCAGAGAAGCUCAAGUUGAGCUCCCUGACUUCCUGGUCCUCUUGGCAACAGGCAUUGUACCUCUAGGGAUUUUGCCUGCUCAGUGGGAGCAGACAUAGCUGCCCCACCAGAUUCAUUGGGUUUGUCUUUGGCUUCAUCUGGCCAGUGUUUCCCAAGAAAGGUAUAUAGACCCCUUUUUUUUCCCCGCUCACGUUAUUUGGCUGGAUAGAUCAGUUCUGAAACUCACAAUGACUGAAGUAAGAGUGGAGGCCCUAGAUGUGCAUUUUCUAUCCAAGCUCUUCUCUCUCCUGUCAGCUGGAACUCGCCUACCAUCUACCAUUUGUGCUGGGCCUAUUUUAGUUCUGUUAGGGAAGAAGUUUCGUUAAAUAUCCAUAUAACAUGAUCAAACCAGCAGAUCAAAAAGCCAAGGCUGUUUUAUCUCAGUUUAAAAAACAACAACAAAAUAACAACCAAACAAAACCAACCCCAAAUAAGAAUACAUAGCAUAACCUGAGAGGGUUCACAGAAACCCCUUUAAAGAAGAAGAGCAAAUUAAAACUGAGCUGCAGGGUUGUAGGACCCUCUCUAGUUGAAGAUAAUGUUGCUAUGCAUCAGAGAUAGAGGCUAUGGAAAAUGUCUCCAGGGCCUCCAACCUUCCUAUACUAUGUUUAAAGAGAUAAUCCGCUUAUUGCUUUGCUCUUUUUAUUAGAAGAGAUUUCAAACAUGGAAUUUGGACUUUCUUUAACCACAGGAAAAUGCUUUUUCUCUUCCCAGUGUUGAGGAAUUCAUUGCAGAAAGAGCAAUGAAUAGACAUCAUGGCUUAUUAGAUCCAUUUUCUAUUUCUGAAAUGAUCAUGAUAAUUAUAAAUAAAUAUUUUUGAAUUUAGUGUUUGCUAAUAUGACCAGAGGAACAUAAAUUAGGAGAAAACAUUUGUGUUCACCAAAGGAUUUAUGGAGGCUGGCACAGACAUAACAAUUACUUCCCUUAAUGAGUAUGAAAAAUGGUGGAGGUGAAUUAUGAAUAUAUUGCAGUAUUGCAAUUAAAUAUUCAGAAGAAGCUGAUGGAUUAGAUGAAAAAUUAAAACUUUCAAAAUAAUACUACUUUGAGUAGUUUUUGUGUUUUGCUUUUUUGAUUUUAUAAAUGCUAAAAAUAAUGGGCACUACUGGAAAUUUCCUAGCAAGGAUCUCACUUUGCAGUGAGUUGAUUGGUUUUGUCUUUUUAUUAUGUUUUAAAUAGUGAAUUUUUUACAUUUAUCUCUGAACAACUCUCUAUAUUAAGCAGCUGAAGCUAUUUAAAAUGAAAAAUAAGAGAAGAGGGUGUUUGGAGUAGAAAAGGCUAUUCUAAAAUAGUGUUAAAGUGCUGGAAGGUGGCAGGAGGAGUCACUGUGUUGAUCUGAGUGGGUUUUGGAUGCUCGUGCAGCAGUAAAGACUGCAGAAGAAUAAAUUAAAAAAAAAGUUUUAAAGCUAUGUAGCCACAAGCUAGUAUCACUUCUUUAGCAUCAUGGGGAGCUGCGGUAGGGUCAGAGUGUGGGAGCAGGAAAGAUACGAAGCAGCAGAUUGUGAGAGAAAGGGUGUUUUUUAAAUAGUACAGAGUUUUCCAAGGAGGUAUGAGGAGAUGCCUUCAGGCACAGGUAGGAGAGACUAGUAAAUACAGUUUAUACAAUAUUGGUAUAACUGCUUUUUUAGCAGAUAUUUGUUCAGAAAAAAAGGCAAUUGUUUGAUCUCAUUAUCCUACCUGGCUGUAUGGCCCAUAAAAAUGGAUGCAGGGAAUGAG